UGUAGUCUCGGGCAAGUAUGUCCGCGAGAUACUUUUUAACGAUCAUUUUAGUUUCGCCGGUGGUACCUCCAAGAAUUUUGAUAUCAGGCUGCUGACAGGUAUGCCAGAGGAUGAUAUUUCGAGCCAAGAUGUGCGAUCAGUCGUUGUCAAAUCUUUGACGGUCCAAAUGAAGAGUUACACGCCGCGUGCAGUCGCCUAUCUGAACGUUGGUUUGAAAGAAGCAUUAGGGGAUUUGACAGAACCUCGGGAGCUAUCCAAUCUGUUCUUGACUGUGCAACACAUGGUCGCAAAAGCAAGUGCCUCAAUAUUUGUCGGCUUAGAUCUUUGCGAAAACAAAGAGCUGGUGGAGGCUUUCAAGUACAUUACAACCGAUGUCGGUCAGUCAAUCCGUAUGGAUAGCGUCUUUUUUGAGCGUUUUUCUACACUGAAUAGGCUGCGCAUGUGGUAUACCGGGAAAUAUGCUCCGCGCAUCCGGAAGCGCAAGUUGCAAAUGAUCGAAGCAAUGAAACCAGAAAUUGAUCGGCGCAUGCGAGGAAUCGCCGGGAAAGAACCCUCGUGGACAAGACCGGCUGAUAUUUUGCAAGAGAUUAUCGAAAAUUAUGCACCACCUGCAUCUAGUGAUACCAACAUCUAUACAUAUUUCACACAUUGGAUGAUCGCUCUCACUUUCGCAGCCAUACACACCACCUCAGAGCACGCCACAGUUGUACUAUACCGCCUAUUGCAGCAACCCGAAAUUAUCGACGAGCUUCUUCAAGAACAAAAAGAAGUAUUCGGCGAUGAUCACACUAACAGCAAUGUUUUCACUGGUGAUGCUAUCAAGAAACUGGUGAAGCUGGACAGCGUUUGUCGUGAAGCAUUACGUGCCAAGAAUGUCUUUUUGGAUUUGCCUCAUUCAAACACAGGGGGACAAAGCAUUACUCUCAGUAACGGUGUCGUUAUUCCUUCAGGCCAUGAUGUUCUGUUGAACCAAUGGAUGAAUCACCAUGAUAACGAAUUGCAAAAGGAUACCGCUGGAAAUUAUGAUAACUUUGAACCGUUUCGUUAUGUUGAUAUGCAUUGUCCAUCAACAAAAAUUGGUGAUGGCUAUCUAACAUUUGGCGAGGGGAAACAUGCAUGCCCUGGUCGCUGGUUUGCAUUACAAGAAAUCAAAACGAUCGUCUCUGUCCUCAUCCGCGAUUACACACUCAAAGCGAACGGACCUAUUGAGUUCCCAACAGGCACGAAAUCCGGUAUUCCCACGGGAAAAGUUUCCAUUCAGCGAAAAAUGAUGUAAAACAAAUGGUUCAAAGAAAAGCUAUGGGAAAUGUAGUUUGCUAUGUACAAAAAGAUAUAAAACGAUUAUAAUCUUUGCGUUUAUGAUGCGUAACGGUUGAAUGUACCCAUUGUCAAGUAAUUGCCCUUGACCUCCUUUUUUGCAUAUAUACUCUUCACUGCUUGCGACACCUCUUUGUUCUUUUCCUUCUCAGCAAGCUCUUGGGCCACUUUACCCAUCACGGCAGCAGCUGCGGACGAAGAAAUGUUGGACUUCUUAGCAGGUGGUGCCAAACUGGACUGCUGUGGCGGUGAAGUCUUGUCUCGCUUUCUCUUCUUUUCUUUAUCUGAUCCACCCUCCUGCUUGGCGGCCUUCUUUGCUUUCUAUAAUACGAGU